UCGUGCGACAUGCGCACUUCCUUCUUUCUGUUUUGAAAUACAUUCAAACGAACAGAUUACAAUCAGUUUGUCGUGGUAUUAGGAAAAGAAUGGCCAAUGCAAGUUUAACCAAAGUAAAUGAGCAGUACUGGGCUUCAGUUCAGGGCAAGGUUAAAGAUUGGAUUCAAAAAACUGAUGCCACUGUAUUAGUAUUAUACAUACCGCAGCCAACAAAGCGGAAUCCCAUCCCUACUUUAAAGUUUGAAGGGUCAAGAAAGCUGAAAGCUGUGGUUGAGUCAGAAGAAGUAAGGAUUGCCAUCAGCACUGCUUGCAGUGGUCCUCCCCCUCCUGUGAAGUCAAUUAAAGAUGAAAUGGAGAACAUCAUCAUUCAACCUUGGACCAUGCAAGUAAAGAGGUGUAUAAUCUCUAACUUGGUUAGGCAGUACAUGGAAUUGAAGUAUGGUAGGAAGAGGGACAUUUGGGGUUAUCCUUCCCUUAAACCAGAGUGGUGGCCUGAUGACAUCGAGUACAUUUCUCCAAAUGAAAGACGGACUGUCGACAAACCAUUGAGUAAUAUUAGCAUGGAUCAGAUUCUUGAUUCAUAUGUAGAGUGGAAGAAUUCUAAUGGUAGCAGGAGAAAGGAUUUUGAAGAAGGAAGUGGAGAGGUAUUGGAGGAGGUAAGUGGCAAUGAGGAAGUCAUGCCAAGUGUUUCAGUUGAAACACCUGGUAUGAAUUCCUCUCUGCCUAUUUCUCCAACACUGAGUGUUGGAGGUUUCUUUUCAGGUGGGACAGGGAGUAUUGAGACUGAAAUGGAGAGGACACACGAACCAGGCAACCAGCUAAUAUCAGAGGAGGUAAGUGGCAGUGAGGAAGUCAUGCCAAGUGUUUCAAAUGAAAAACCUGGUAUGAAUUCUUCUCUGCCUACCUCUCCAACAUUGAGUGUUGGAGAGGGUUUCUUUUCAGGUGGGACAGAGAGCAAAGAAAAUGAAGCAUGUCAGAUGGAGAUGGAAGUGGAAGAGAUGGGUCUGCCAGAGAGGACAGACAUGGAUGAAACAGCUAUGCCAGAUGGGAACAUAAAUGACAUGGGCAGCACAGAAAAUACCAAUGUGCAAAGUCUGUUGAAAGUUGGCUGGGAUGAUGUUGUUCUAACUAAAUAUAUCUACAAGAUUUGGUCUAAACAGAGAAAUGAUAGUGUUGAGCCAUUUCUGCUGUCUAAAACCUGUGGUGUGAGCAUUAACAACAGGUCACUCAUUAGUGCAAAAAGUUUGAUCACAGAUGAAAUAAUUGAUGCUUAUCUUGGGAUUAUUUGUGGUCUAAGCAACAACUUCUUUUAUGUGCCAUGCAGUGUUAUAUCCAUGAUUUUUCAUCCUCGACAUCAAAACGAAGUUUCAGAUGUCCUUAAUGAGAACAAAGGAAAAGUGUUGCUGGCUAUUGUAAAUAGGAGAGAAAUUCACUGGAUUUUGUUGGUUAUUGAUCAACGGAACAAAUCUCUGUUAAUAAUUGAUCCAAUGGGAGAGACCAAAACAACAUGCCAGUUGAUUUUUAAAUUAUGGAUCAAUUACUUGACACAAAGAGGACAUGAUGCCGAAGGAUGGAAAAUCGAUACUAUCCACCACUCAAAGCAACAGGACAGUGUUUCUUGUGGAGUUUACUGCAUGAAGUUUGCAGAGGGAAUUGUUCUAAAUACAUCUUUACAUCUCACAACUCAGAAGGACACUGUGCAGGAAAUCAGGUGCAACAUUAUGAAGACCAUCAUAAAUAAUCAAGAUGAGGACACUAAAAAUUUCUGCAGACGUUGCUUCCGGCAUGAACCCCCAAACAGCAAAGUUAAAAGAAUCAAGUGGGUUCAAUGUGAUGGAUGUGCCAUUUCUUGGUAUCACACUGUGUGUUUGAAUUUAAAACAAGUCAGAGAAUCAACUUUUGUUUUGUGUGAUGUUUGCAAAAUGUCUGAGUAGGUGUUGUAAUUGUCAGUUAAAAAUGUGUACAUUGAGUCUGUCUGAAAUUAAAGUAUUUUGACCGGAUCAGAUUAUGCAAUCUGUUUUCAUGUAAAAUAUCCUGUUUCAGAGAAGUCAGAUUUUGUGUCUCACCAAACAUAGAUUUUUUUUUUCAACUUUCAGUCAUAAUUCCCUGUGUAAGAGGGAAG